AAUGAGGUCAGGGAAAUAGAAAAACCAGUGGGGGAGCUAUCAUGUGAUUUCUCGAAUCCACUCCACUCACCUUGAAAAUGGCAGUUUCACCCGAGAAGAUGUAUUUUGGAGGCAUAGAAGGGGGUGGAACAGGAUCUAACUUGGUCUUAAUAGACGAAACGGGUGCUGUUGUUGCCAGAUCGGAGGGUGAAUCGACCAAUCAAUGGCUUGUAGGUUUAGACAAAACAGUUGAAAGAAUUAAUGAACUUGUCGAGGUAGCUAAGAAAAAGGCAGGCAUACCAUUGGAAACAAAGCUGAAAUCUCUUGGAUUGUCACUAAGUGGUGCUGAUAAGAGAGAAGAGCAGAAAGAGAUGGAAGAGAAGCUUGUUGCAAGAUUUCCAAAUGCCACAGAGGCGUGCUUUGCAUGCAAUGACACUGUAGGAUCAUUGGAGACAGCAACAGACAAGGGAGGAAUUGUUCUGAUUGCUGGCACAGGGAGCAACUGUUUGCUGAUGAACCCUUGUGGAUCAAUGUACAAAUGUGGAGGAUGGGGGCAUAUGCUGGGUGAUGAAGGAUCAGCUUUUUGGAUCACUCAUAGGGCAGUAAAAAUCUUUUUCAACCAUGAUGAUGGAUUUGAAAUCAGCCCAUUUCCUGUGGAUUACAUACAGAAAGAACUCUUUGCAUACUUUGAUUUGAAGCAUAAACAAGAUUUGUUGACACAUUUGUAUGGCUUUAAUAAAGAGCAAUAUGCAAAGUUUUGUGGGAAGGCUAUUGUAAAAGGAGCUGAGAUGGGUGAUGCUCUUUGCUUACAUGUGCUUGAAGAAGCAGGGGUUGGGCUAGGAAAGCACAUCAAGGCCCUUAUUCCAAAAAUGGAGUGUGGUAUGCUUGAGAAAGACAAAAGUUUAAAAAUAUUGUGUGUUGGCUCAGUAUGGAAAAGCUGGGAUUUCUUGAAAAAUGGCUUCUUGGAAGGUAUUUCUAAUGGUGCUGCAAAGCCAAUCAAAGAUUUUGUCUUGUUGAAGUACCGUCCGUGUGCAAAGGCAUCAUUUGGUGCCACUUGGUGGGCUGCAAAGAAGAUUGGGAUAGCGUUACCAGCCGAUCACGAUGUCAUGGUGGAAGAGUUUUUUCAUUACAAAGCAUAGAUAAUGUCAAACAAAUUUUUAUCGAAGAAUGUCAAAUAUUUUAUUAAAGAAUAAUGUUCUGCGGAGAGGAAAGAGAAAGCAUAUUCACUUCUAGUGUUCCGUUGUUCAAGACUAUUGAAAGAGCUGUUUGCUAUAAUAAAGUACAAACACACACAAAUAUUAUACAAUUAAUGGUCAGUGCAUGUAACUAUUUCCAUCUUGUGUACUCAACUUGAUGAGUUUUCGAUCUCGUGACAAUAUAAGAUGAUAUUUAUGUUAAUACUUCGGAA